AUGCCGGCGGAGCCGCCCUCCCGGCGCCCCCCGCCGGUUCGUGUCCGUCAUGUCCGGCGGGCUUUCCUCCUCCUGGCGAUGGCCUGCCUCUGGGUAUUGCUGCCGGGUGCGGCCGCAGCCCCUCCCGGGUUGGACGCCCUGCUGUCGGGUCUCACGGCGGCCAGCGUGGCCGGCAUGUCCCGGCCCGAGGCCGACGCCAUGGCCCUGGCCCUGCGGGCCGCCGGCGGCGACCAGCGCAUGGUCCUGGCCCUGUACUAUGGGCUGCACUUCAACUGGGACGCCGGUCGCCGGGUCGAUGCCCUGGCCGGGCCGCCGGUCUGCCCGGCCUCCUGCCCGGGCAAUUGCGACCAGUACGGCUGCAUCAGCUGCCCCCACGGCAUGGGGAUGGCCUUCGGCGGCGAGGGCACACUCUGCACCCAGAGCACGGAGCUGUGCCAGCUCCAGAUGAUCCCCCCUGAUGAGGGGGCUCCGGUGGACCCGGACGCCGAUGGCGCCAUCGGCAUCUUCUGCCCGCCCGGCUGCAUGGUCUAUGACAGCUCCUCUCGUCGAUGCAUCCAGUGCUAUGAUGGGUAUUCCCAGAUCGGCGACCUCUGCGUCCAGUGCCCUUGGGAAUGCCAGGUAUGCCUGACGGCCGACUUCGCCCCCAUCGACGGGCCCCUGGGCAGCGGCGGCCAGGCGCGCGUGUUUGCCGCGCGCGCCAUCGGCACCGGGGUGUCCACGCGCCUCGGCUGCCCGGACACCGUGGCCAUCAAGCAGCUGAAGGCCGACAGCCUGACCCCGCUGCAGGUGGCCCUCUUCCAAAAUGAGAUUGCCCUCAUGUGGCUCCUCCGCGACCAGCCGCACAUCGUGCGCAUCUACGGCUUCUGCGACCAGCCGGCGGCCAUCAUCAUGGAGCGCUUCGACACCGACCUGGCCGGGCUCCUGCACUCGGCCGUGGACCUGCCGCUGCGCACGCGCCUCCACCUGGCCAACCAAUGGGCCACCGGGCUGGAGGCCAUGCACGCCCAGGGGAUCGCCCACUGUGACCUGAAGCCGGGCAAUGUCCUCGUCAGCCGGUCGGCCGGCGGCUGGCGCGCGGCCCUCGCCGACCUCGGCACCAGCCGCAACCUCCGCACCGACCGGGCCUCGGCCCUGCUGGUCACCGUGCCCCAGCUCAAUGCCCUGUCCUCGCGGUAUGCCGCGCCCGAGGUGCUCGAUGCCUUCCACCGGCGCCGCGCCAUGGAUGCGGACCUCUACCUCCCGGCGGAUGUCUACUCCGCGGCCGUCCUCCUGUGGGAGUGCCUCGCCCGCGCGGCCCCCUGGCAGGGCCACUCCUUCGCCCAGAUUACCGAGCAUGUCCAGGCCGGCCAGCGCCCCGAUGACCGCCUGGCCACCGGCCCCGUGGCCGACACGGCCCCGGACCUGGCCCACACCCUGGCCCACACCCUGGGCCUCCUUUGGGCACCGGACCCCGCGGCCCGGCCCCCGGUGGCCAGCCUCCGGCACACGGUCGCCACCCUGGCCGUCAUGCUUCCCGACCCGUGA